AUGAUUUUAAAAGGAAUCCGCUUUCUUAGAACUAUUAUUUUAGUUUUUUUGUCCUUAUCAGGAGUCUAUCUACAAAGACAUAAAAACACAGAUAGUGAUGGAGAGAAUUUGGAAGUAAUUAGCUUAGAUACUUUGACAAAUUGUACCACUGAAACUGACUUUGGUUUAAUUGAUGGAUAUUAUGAGGAGUGUGGACUUUGGGAAUAUGAUAAUGGAAAAUGGAGAAAAACUGGUAAUAAUAUUGAAUUUGAGGAAAUAAGAUGUAAACACAAUAGAAUUAAUGGAAUUAUUGAAAAAGAUAUUUGUGUUUGUAAACCUGGAUGGUCUGGUGCUUUUUGUCAUAUAUAUGAUAAAUGUGAAAAAAAUCUUUUUUUUAGAAAAGGAAGAGGAUGUACCAAUAUUUGUGAAAAUGAUGGUAUACUUUCUAGAGGUAAUAAUGGAUUAGAGUGUUCCUGUAAAAACCAAUGGGAUGGAAGAUGGUGUGAGAGACUUGCAUGUUGGAGAUUAACUCCAGAUGAGUUACAUUCAAGACGUUAUGUAAAUAGUGUCAAUGGUACAUGUAAAUGUAGUGACUACUAUUCUGGUCCAGAUUGUUUAAAUAUUGUUUCAUGUAUCCAUGGAAAAUAUGAGAAUGGUUAUUGUAAAUGCCAUCAAUCUUAUCAUGGAGAAAUAUGUGACAUUAAGUGCAAAGUUGACGAGCCAUGCAUUCAAAAUUUCCCAGAAGAACUUUUAUCACUUAAUUCUGCGGAUUAUCACAUUCCUAAUUAUUUUCUACUUUUUACUUUAUUUUUUAUUCAUUUCAUAAUAAUUUUUGUUUAA